AUGGCUUUUAAAUUCAUCAUACUAUCCACUUUAUUGGUGGCUGCCAGCGCCGGCUAUAUCCCAACGGCCAAUCAUCAUUAUGCCACACCUACGUAUGUGACUAAAGUAGCAAAUCCCUCGGAGGAUGCUGUGGCCCAAACUCAACAGAAUGUGGUGCGUUCAUUUGAUGGCACCGUCUCUCAAUAUUCCAAGUCCAUACAUACACCCUACUCCAGUGUGCACAAAGAGGAUACACGCAUCAGCAAUAAUGUCUAUACACCUCAGAAGUCGGUGUCCUUUGCUGCACCUGCCGUAACCAAAACCGUGACAUAUGCUGCUCCUGCUGUGACAAAGACCAUUUAUCAUGCGCCUGAAAUCCAUGAGGAGCAACCAGAUCAUGUUUAUGCUGCUCCAGCUCCCACUGCUGCGGUUUAUACUCAAUCAGCAGCUGAUAAUGCCGUCUAUACGCAUGCUACUCCUGCGUAUACACAUCCUGCCCCCACAGCUGCGGUUUACACACAUUCAGCUCCUUCGAUGUACACUCAUUCCGCACCCAAUGUUGCUUUGUAUCACCAAGAAGCCGCUCACGCAGGAACAACUUAUAGUCAUAACCAUGACCAUGCUACCUAUCAACAACAGGAAGCUCCCUCCUCUGGCACUACCACCACCACCUAUAAUCAUGGGCCAGCUGCCUCGACUUACAGCCACAAUGGUCAUGGCGUCUCAGCAUAUGGCUCAAGCCAGACCGUGCGCUAUUCACCUGCCCAUAUGGUCUCCCACAUGAGCUUCGAUGGCUUCGGCACCCAUUGGGGUUACUAA